UAAAAAAACAGAAAACAAAAAGAAAUUAAAGAAAAUAAAACGGCGCCAGCUGCAGCUUUUGUUAACGCAUCAGAAAACUGCUGCAUUGUCCCAUUCCUGCUAAUAUUUCAGCAACCAUGUCUUCAGCUCAGCAUCUCAGAGAUUUUAUCAGAGAGAGACUAACUGCUGCUGCUCAAGAAAUCUUCACCGAGGUUGAAAAAACCAUCAUUUGCUACGAGGAAGAGCUCGAUGCUCAGCGCAGGAUGAUGGGGAUCAACUUGCAGCAACAAAUAAAGCUCAACAGAAUCGGUUCGGAGCCGCGCAGACAAAGUUCUGACCUCCAACAGCCACAUUUCUCCAUUGAGGAGAAAACUUUUGCCAUCCAACAAGUUCGUAACCAGGGGAGGAGGUCCAGUCAUGACCAGGAGGAAUCAGGACAUCAAUGGACUGGAGAACUAAGGGAACCACGACCUCCAUGUAUUAAAGAGGAAGAUGAGGACCCCAAAUCACCACUGAUUGAUGAACAGGACAUUCAAGGAAAUACAUGGAUUAAGGAAGAGGAGGAAUCAGAACCUCAACUGAUAAUUGUAGAAAAGAAGGAACCAGAUUAUUCAGUGCUUCAACAUGAACAGCAUGGACCAGAACAUUUACCAACCAGGCAGGACCAGAAUGACCUAUGCAGCAGUCAGGAGGGACAACAUCCUGUCCAAAGGCUGUUUGUUGCUUUGAUGGAUACUUCUACUCUUCAAGAAGAUGGCAUGAGUGAUGGAGGACCACAAACUGAGCAGCUCUCCUUUCGGAUAUUUCCUGUAGUUGAGAGCAAAGAUAAGGAAGGAAGCAGCUCCACUGUUUCAGAGAGUCAUUCUCAUAAUGAGGCACAGGCACAGUUUUACAGAACCCACACAUGUAGGAAGCCUUUUUUAUGUGAAACGUGUGGAAAAAGUUUCACUCGAGUAGAUCAUCUAAAUUUUCACAAGAAAAUUCAUACAGGUGAGAAGCCUUUCUCAUGCGAAACAUGUGAAAAACGUUUCUCUCGAAUUAGUCAUUUAAGGCUUCACAAGAAAAUUCAUACAGGUGAUAGGCCUUUUUUUUGUGACACAUGUGGAAAAUCUUUUAUUCAGAGCUCGGACUUAAAUGUCCACAGACGAAUCCACACAAAUGAGAGGCCAUUCUCUUGCCAGACAUGUGGAAAAAGUUUCACUCGAAAAAGUAAUUUGAAUGUUCACAGGAAAACUCACACACAACAAAAAAGUUUUUCAUGCCAGACAUGCGGACAACAUUUUCUCCGUCUUGGUAAUCUGAUUUCCCACAUGAAACUAAAACAUAACAGUGAGAGGGAGACAUUUGACUCUCACACACAGUUAACAUUAUAAAUAUUUAAACUUUUCUUUGCAGUUUUCAGUUUAUGAAAAUGAAGUAAUUUUGUGGCACUUCUGAGUAGUGCCCCAGAUGUUCAGCUAAAUAGCCAAUUGUUUGUGGUUGCUUGUUGUUGUGGUUUCAUUGGAACCUGGUUUAGUCUUCCGGUUUUCUGGGUUAAUUUUUGUUUGUAGCCAUGAUUAUUUCGUUAUAUACCAGUGUGUUUUUGUUUGUUUAGGUUGAAAGGCCUCUGCUGUCUGGUGUCAUUAGUUUAUUCUCAAAAACUUUGUUUUGAUAGAAUUUAGACUGCUUUUUGUUCAGCGUUAAAUUGUAGGUUAUCACACGUUACUUUGAUAUUCCUAAAUACUAUAUAUUUUGCAAGUUAAGGAAGAGAACUUUAAUUUUUUGCUAAUUUAGCCUUCCAUGUUAUUUUGCCAGUUGAAGAAUAUUAUAUCAUUGUGGAGUUGUAGUCAUUUUUUUGAUCGUUUAUUUGAAUCUUUAUACUGGACUAGGAAGGG